GCUGAGCCGGGAAGGGCGUCGGUGCCGCGGCACCGGCGCAAGGAAAGCGAGGAAGCUGCUUUUUGUAGGGGAGGAAAAGCUCAUCCAUCGGGAGCGAUUUGGCAAAGCCGCGGUGGCCGAGGGGGCUGUGAGGGAGAGCGGAGUGAGGGAGGAGGAGGAGCCGGAGCUGAGGGGGGACGAGGAGGGAGGCCGAGGCUGGAGGGGAAUUACUCAUGGAGCUGUCAAGGGCUGCGUCUGGCUGAGCUCAUCCACGUCCUCCGAGAGGGACUCGGGGCUGAGCAUGAUGGAGGGCUCCUGUCCCUGGGGGCCCAUCCUCGGGUUCCCAACUCUGGGCUCCUGUCCCGAGUCCCGUCCCUGGGGUCCCGUCCCUGGGGUCCCAUCCCUGGGGUCCCGUCCCUGGGGUCCCGUCCCUGGGAUCCCAUCCCCGGGGUCCCAUCCCCGGGGUCCCAUCCCUGGGGUCCCAUCCCCAGGCUUCCGUUCCCAAGAGUUCAGUUCCUGGGCUCUCCUCCCCAGGCGCCCUUCGCUGGGCUCCAGCCCCAGGGUCCCAGCCCCAGGCUCCCGUCCCGCUCCCUCCCGGCGCUGCAGGAAUUCCGCUCUCCCCGGGAGCGGCAGGCGGGGGCGGCUCUGCGCAGUUCCCCCGGCGGAGGAUGGAUCUCGCUUGGGCGUUUAUUUUAAUACGUCUCUCUCUCUUUCUCGUAUCUCUCACUCUCUCCUGGUUCUCGCCUCUCUCUCCCCGGCCCCCCCGCGCUCUCUUUCCGUCCGUGCCUUUCUGUCCCCCCUCCCUCCCCAUCCCGUCCUCCCGCUCCCCCCCCCCAAGGUCAAGGUCUGGUUCCAGAACCGCCGCACGAAGCAGAAGAAGGACCAGAGCAGGGACUCUGAGAAACGCUCCUCCACCACCUCCGAGUCCUUCGCCACCUGCAACAUCCUCCGGCUGCUGGAGCAGGGCCGGCUGCUGUCGGUGCCGGCCCCCCCCAGCCUCCUGUCCCCCGCCUCCAACCCCCUCGCCAGCCCCGCGGGCAACGGCUCCGGCCUGGCCACGCCGGGCCCCGCGUCCCCCGGGCUGGGCGGCGGGAGCAGCCCCCCGGCACCGGCGGCCUUCAGCCUGCAGGUCCCGUCUCUCGCCUCCUCGUCCUCCUCCUCCUCGCCGCGGCUGCCGGGGGGGCCGCUGUGCUUCGGGGGGCCGCUGCUGGGCAGCCUGCACGACCUGCCGGGCGCGUACGGACUGGGCACCUCCGCCUUCGAGCCUUACACGCGGCUGGAGAGGAAAGACAAUUCUAUACCCAGCAAGAAGCCGAGCCCUUAAAUCAAAACGAGUGUCAAAAGGUGUCCCCCCCCCCUCCGCCGUUCCCUGCGCCCCCCGCGCCCCCCGCACCCCGCGCCGGGGCCUCGUUGGGCUCGUGGGAUGCGGGAGAUGGUUCGUCCCGGUGGGAAUGGGCACGCGCGGGGGGGCCGCGCACGCCCGGCCCCCGCCCCAGGCACAGCGCUGGAGCCGUGGAUGUCACACGCGGGGGGUCCGCGGGGGUCCCGUGUCACCGGUGCCGCCCCGUCCCUCACCGACGCCGCUGGACCUGCCGCCGCACCCCCCUCCAGGUACCGCCCGCGGGCUGUGCCGGGACAGCGGCACCUCGGGGGGGGCCGGGGGGUCGCCGCUGCCCCGUGGGCUUUCGGUGCCUCUCACGGGUGGGACCGCGGAGCCCUGAUCCCCCUGGACUGUCCCCCCGGGGUCUGCGGCGUUGGGGUCACCCCGGGGGGCAGGAGGGCACCCCAAAAGGGAGAGCGCAGGGCGGCGCCGGGCUCUGGCCCCGCCCGGCCGGGGUGUCCCUGGACGAGGGUCGUGCCUCAGUUUCUCCACCCGCGAAGGGCUGCGUGUCCUGCCUGAGGUCUCCUCGCAGCAUCCCGGUGGCCGUGGGCUCCAGGUGCUGCUCCCGUGGGAUACUGGUCCUCCGAGGGCACACCGCCGGGUCCGGGGGGGUGGGUGAUGUCCCCAGCCCCCCCAGGGGUCCCUGUGAUCGGACCAAGACGCUGCCCCUACUCGUGGGACAUCCCCGGGCUCCUCCUCUGCUCGUGCAGAGCCAAAGCACCGCCCUGCACCCGCUUCGGUGCCGUCCCAGCCCGGCAAAUCCCUCACGGACCCCCUCCGACCUCCCCGAGGGGGCUGCGGGGAGCCGGGGACCGCCCACCGUCCUGAGCCCCCCCAAGGACACCCCCCGACGGGGACGUGGCAGAGUUGUGGACAGUUGUGACACUGGGAUCUGCCCCUCUGGGUCGGGUCUUUGCCACCGCCGGGAGCCCGAAGCCCCCCCGGACCCAGCGCGGGGUGCUGAGCGCUCGGCGCGGGUACCGUGGGGAGCCCCACCCUGAGCACGGGCCUCGCAACGCCCCCCACACCCCUCGAUCCCCCCCCCGGCAGCCCCAGGGUCCGUCCCAGAGAGGUGCUGAGCCCCCCGGGCGACCUCUUCCCGCCCGGCCCCUGAUCCCGGAGGCUUCCCGCGGGGCAGGAUCCGGCCUCGGGCGCGAUGUGGCUCCGUGGGGGCGCGAACCAGAGGGGCAUUGCGUGAGGUGGCCUUUGGGGACAGGGGCAGCGCGGCCCCCCCGGCCCCUGCUGGGGGAGGGCAGGUCCGUGGUGCCAGCACGGCCUUGGCAGGACGCUCCGAGGGGUCAUCGCUGUGACGGGAUCGGGGGGACGCCCUGAGCCCCCUCCCCAAGCCCAGGAGCUGCCAUGGGGGCUCACACCCCCCCACACUCCCCAAACCCGGGGGCCGCAGCCCCCUCCUGCCGCCCUUUAAUAGUUAACAACGAUAAUUAACACCGGGCGUCCCCCCGGGCCGCUGCUCCGCCGGGACCGCUCCCUCCCGGGGACGCAGCUCCCAGCCCGCGCGUUCCCGGGGGUUUGCAGGGAAAUAUUUAAAAUAAAUGAUUUUAUGAGAAGG